AUGCAAACUAGAAAUGCUUUUUCUUGUAUAAAGGAAGGGAUUACCCGAUCCAUUUCUAUAUCGGUCAUGAUAUAUAUAAUAAUUCGAGCACCCUUUUCAAAUGCAUAUCCAAUUUUUGCACAGCAGGGUUAUGAAAAUCCCCGAGAAGCAACCGGUCGUAUUGUCUGUGCCAAUUGCCAUUUAGCUAAUAAGCCCGUGGAUAUUGAGGUUCCACAAGCGGUACUUCCUGAUACUGUAUUUGAAGCAGUUGUUCGAAUUCCUUAUGAUAUGCAAGUGAAACAAGUUCUAGCUAAUGGUAAAAAGGGAACUUUGAAUGUGGGGGCUGUUCUUAUUUUACCGGAAGGUUUUGAAUUGGCACCCCCCGAUCGUAUUUCGCCUGAGAUUAAAGAGAAGAUAGGCAAUCUGUCUUUUCAAAACUAUCGCCCUACAAAAAAAAAUAUUCUUGUAGUAGGCCCUGUUCCUGGUCAGAAAUAUAAUGAAAUCACGUUUCCUAUUCUUUCCCCGGAUCCCGCUAGUAAAAGAGAUAUUCAUUUCUUAAAAUAUCCGAUAUACGUAGGCGGGAACAGGGGAAGGGGCCAGAUUUAUCUUGACGGGAGCAAGAGUAAUAAUAAUGUUUAUAAUGCUACAGCAGCAGGUAUAGUCAAAAAAAUAAUACGAAAAGAAAAAGGGGGAUACGAAAUCACUAUAGUAGAUGCAUUGGAUGAGCGUGAAGUGAUUGAUAUUAUACCUCCAGGACCAGAACUUCUUGUUUCAGAAGGUGAAUCUAUCAAACUGGAUCAGCCAUUGACAAGUAAUCCUAAUGUCGGUGGAUUUGGUCAGGGGGAUGCGGAAAUAGUACUUCAAGAUCCAUUACGUGUUCAAGGUCUCUUGUUCUUUUUGGCAUCUAUUAUCUUAGCACAAAUCUUUUUAGUUCUUAAGAAGAAACAAUUUGAGAAGGUUCAAUUGUUCGAAAUGAAUUUUUAG